ACCCGCAAUCCCUGCAGUUGAUCCUCUCCGUUGUCGGAUAGGUACUUUGGUUUGUGCUUCCGAACGGAUCGCCAGAGUCGUUUCGUGACUCAUAAUCACCGCGGAAGUCAAUUGCACCCAAUCAUUUUCCAUCUGCUGGUAUAUUAGCUUGGUCCUGGCCACACACGCAAACUACACCUACACCAAAUCAACUUCGCAAUAAUGGGUUCCAUUGCGCCUUCUUUGCCUGAGCUUGACGCCUCGGCCGUCAAGGUCACCCGCUCGACCAAUCUCCGCGAUGUGCCUCUUCCUGGCUCCGCAGAGGAGUUGAGCCACUCCUACUGCACCGACCAUAUGGUCACUGCCCGCUGGACCGUGACCAAUGGCUGGGAGGCGCCCGAAGUGAGGCCGUUCGAGAACCUCAGCAUCCCGCCCACAGCUUCCUGCCUGCACUAUGCUACCGAGUGUUUCGAGGGUAUGAAGGUAUACCGGGGGUUUGAUGGCAAGUUGCGCCUGUUUCGGCCGGACUGCAAUGGAGAGCGUCUGGUGAACAGCGCUAAGCGGUCUUCGUUGCCCGGAUUCCGGUACCAGGAACUCAAGCGUCUCAUUGCCAAGUUGAUGGAGAUCGACGGACCCCGUUGGCUGCCCAAGGAUCAGCCCGGUCGUUUCCUCUAUCUCCGCCCUGCGAUGAUCGGUAGCGGCCCACACUUGGGCGUUCAGAAACCCAAGGAAGCCCUCCUCUUCGUCAUUGCCGUGCCGUGGCCCGAUCCGUCCAAGAAGAAGACCGAUCAGCCUGGUAUUCCGUACGGUCUGAAGCUUUACGCUUCUCAGCCCGACACUAUCCGUGCUUGGCCUGGUGGUUUCGGAUACGCGAAGCUCGGCGCGAACUAUGGUCCAUCGUUGGUGGCCCACAGCCAGGCCCAGGAGCUUGGUUUUGACCAGGUCCUUUGGCUGUUCGGUGAGGACCGCCAGGUUACCGAGGCAGGCGCUAGCAACUUCUUCAUUGUGUGGGAGAACAAGGAGAGUGGAAAGCUUGAGCUGGUCACCCCUACGCUGGACAACCAGCUGAUCCUUCCUGGUGUCACUCGUCGCAGUGUCCUGGAAUUGGCACGGACGCGUCUGUCCCAGUCCGUCGGAAAGCUUGCGGCGGUUGAUGUUGUGGAGAAGCAGUUCACGAUCGAUGAUGUCCAGAAGGCUUGGGAGGAGGGACGUAUCGUUGAGGCGUUCGUCUGCGGUACUGCUUACUUCGUCACCCCCAUCAAGCUCAUCCGCAACGGAGACGUGGAUAUGAACAUGCAGGAGGCUGGUGCGGAGCGCGCCGGAUAUUCGACUCAGAUCAAGUCCUGGCUGGAGGCCAUCAUGUUCGGCAUGAAGGGCGAGGAGGCCCACGAGUGGGGAUAUGUCAUUGAGAACGAAGCUGAGCAGUAAAAGAUGUGCGUUCUAGCAAAUGAGUAAUGUCAAAAAAGAGCCCGCUGGAUGGACUCGUGCAAGAGCAGAAAAAGGGCGAGUUGGAGAUUAUUGGCGCGGGGCGGGAGGUUGCAACGAUUUACUUACUGUAUAUACCAUUUCAGACCUUCUAGACUACUAGAUAACUAGGAUAGACUCAUG